UAUUAUAUAAUUGUAUUUACUCGAAAAAGCUAAUUCCCCUUAUCUCGCAGCUACCCGUGACGAUAUUUAUUUGAGAAUGACCUCCGACUGCAACUAGUCCGUGUCAGAUCACUGUGCUGUUACGAAAAUGAUUAUUUUAACAACUAUCACUGUGACGCUACUUUUGUCAUCGGCGACCACCGCCAUCGGGGCCCCGAGCAGCAAUGAAGAUGAAUUAACUAUCAUCACAGAAGACUUCUUCCCUGACAGCUUAAUCAAAUACACAGGCGCAUAUGACAUUGUCCAAUUAGUCGUACCACUCAAUGCUCUAAACUUCGCAAAAGAUUCUGAUGACUCUUCACCGGAAAGUGAUGAUGGCACAGGUGUCAUAUUCUUUGUAGAAGCAGAAUUAGAUGACAAAGGCAACAAGGAUUACAAAGGCCUGUACGUCCUUAGAAACGGAAAAGGAACGAAACUUCUAGAAAACGGUAGAGAUGCCGUAGCAGUCAACGAUGAUUCUAAAACAGUCUACCUCGCCGCUUCUGAUGGACUUUAUGUUUAUAAUUAUAAAGAAAACAAGGCAGAUAAGUACGGAACUCUCACAGACAAUAUCAUUGAUAUUGAAAAAGAAAACUCAAGUAAUGUAUUAUACAUAGUUACGGAUAAACAUGAAGUUUAUAAAGUGACAGAUGAAGGUACUAAGAAGACCAAAGUUGAGGAAAUAAAGAACGCACAACAAUUAGUGUUGGAUUAUUCUGAUAAUAUUUAUUACUAUGGCGAAGAUAAGCAGCCUUACGUGAUAAAUGCAGAGGGAGUCAAGAAAUUCGUAGGUCUACCAGAGAAUCCUACAUCGGUCACAUUAAUCAAACCUCCAUUCGUUAUGGAAGAUUGUGUACCGUUUGUCUCUGAUGACAAGGUUUAUUAUUUGAACGCAAACGGAACAAGUCAGCUCUCCGAAUUCCAGUUGAAAGUAAAGCCCACUGCAUACGGCAUGGAGGCUGCACUAAUUGAUUAUUUCGCCUACAAGAAGCAUAUAUACGAGGUAAACCUAUUGGCGAUAAUUGUAGGAGAAAUUAAAGACUUUGUGGAGGUAAAUUUCCUUAAGGAUAAAGCAAGUUCUAUUCAAUCUAUAGCCACACGCUCCAGAAGUGGUUUGCACCCAUAAAUCACUGACGAUGAUGAUGAUGAUGUUUUCUCUGUUAUUAAUAAACAUGAGACAUCCAAAAUAAUUGUUUUGUUUCAAUUAAAAUAAAUAAUUUAUGAUUUUCA